UUGUUAUCAACCGAAUUAUCAAGCUUUGAUAUUUAUUAAUUGAUUUUAUACAAACUUUAGCAAACAAAUAUUUGAUUUUUAUAAGUUAGUAUCAAUCAAAAUUUAGAGGCAUACAAAUAUCUAAAAUGUUAAAAGUUUUUGAAAUUCUUUGUGUGUUUACGGUCUUGGGGAUCAGUGCGGUCUUGAGUGAAGAAUGUCUGUUUACCGAUCAAACAUGGGGCACAAUAAAUCCCACCCACAUUAGCUAUUGUGAUUCGAAGACAAAUGAAGCUGCAGUGACAAGUUGCAACACUGGAUAUGGUUUCAAAAGCAAUGAGACGGUUUCUGGAUGUAUCCGCUGGGAAGAAUGGAAUGAUGGAUGUAUUUUGAGAAAAAAUGUACCAAAACUUAAGUCGUGCGAGGGAGCUAACUCUUUAAGUCCACAUCCUGUACCAAAUGAUCCUACAUCGUAUUAUUUGUGCAGCAGUAGCAGUUCUGAGCCAUUGGUGUUACGUUGUGCUGAAAACAGAGGAUUUGUUGCACAUGAUGGUUAUUUGGGAUGUAUUCCCUGGGAAUCGUGGAGAACUAUAACGGGAUGCACUGAUAGUUAUUAAAUAAUGAUAUUUUGUUUGCAAUAAA